AUGACAGCAUUGGGUCAUGCUAAUCUGAAGAGUCCUCAAGAUAUUGAGGUCUACAUUGUAAAUACAAACUUCACUCUAAGGUGGAGCUACCCGGAGGAUGACACCGAUGUGAUGUUUUCAGCUCAGUACUGCUGCUCUGAAGACUGUCAGUCAAAUGAAAUGGAAUGGGAAGAGUUGGCUGGGUGUCAAAAUGUCACUGGCACCAAAUGUGACUUUUCCUCAGCAAUAACUGAGUACGAUGUUGAAUAUCAUGUGCGUUUAAGGGCUGAAAUGAGGGAAGACAAAUCUCCAUGGUCUAGUUAUUUUGAAAUGAUUCCAUCUGAAAUAGCUGAGAUUGGUCCCCCAGAAAUAGAGUUGCAGUCUACAAAUGGAGUAAUAAAAAUCAAGGUUUCUCCUCCAGAAGCAAAUCAGGCCCAAAAAAUGUGGAUAGAUGAUCUGAGCUUUAAAUAUAAUUUGGUUAUCUGGGAAAACUCAUCAAAUGCAGAGCUCAGAAAGCAAAGUAUCUUUCCUACGGACACAAUUAAUGAUCUUGCACCAGAGACUACCUACUGUUUGAGAGUACAAGCAUACCGCCCUUUGGAAAAGGAAGGCUUAUUCGGCCCCAUCCAUUGCAUAAAAACUACUCGUAAAGUAAAAGAUCUGCUUUGUCCAACAAAUGUGAGAGUUUCUGCUUUGAACAUGAAGUUUCAUCUUCACUGGAAGAGUCAGUACAAGGAAAGUGUGAGAUACACUGUGCAGUAUCUCCUGGCAUAUUUAAAGAAUAUUCCUGGUGACCAGUCAAAAAAGUGGCUCUGUGUACCUGGAUGUGAAAACAUCACUAAUACAAAAUGCAAUUUCACGUCUAUCAUCCCUCCUGCUCCUGGAUUUUAUUAUCUCCGUGUACAGGCAAUGAGUGGAUAUAAUAGAUCAUGCUUGUCCAAUGAAGUAAAAAUAGAUCCUCUGGUAACAAAUGAAAUUGGCCCUCCCACUGUAAAAGUGGACAUCAGUGAUGUUUUGCUCCAUAUCCAGAUUGCUCCUCCAGGAGGAUCUGAGAAUGAGGCCUUCCGAGAUUAUGGCUUGUCUUACCGGGUUCUGUAUUGGAAGAAUUCAUCAAAUAAUGAGGAGGAAGCAAAAAUGAAAGUAGUAAAACAGAGACUUGCGACAGUUUCUGAUCUAACCCCUGCAACGUUGUACUGUGUAAAAGCACAAGCGUUCUCUGAGGCUUACAACAAAAGCAGUCCCUUCAGCAAGGAAGAAUGCAUCAGAACACACGGAGAUAAAAUGUUGCCUCUGAUCAUUAUAGCAAUAUUCAUAGGUGUCCUGGCUGGUGUCUUGGUUAUUGCAAUACCUUUCCUUUUUUUCCUAUAUCAAGCAUAUAAUAAGAUCAAGUAUGUGUUCUUUCCAUCAUGUCAUCCUCCUUCAAACAUAGAGGAUCUUGGAGGACAGCCUUUUGGCUGUCCAUAUCUGCUAACUGAAGAGCCAACAGAAAACUUCUGUAUAAUUGAGAGUAUCAUCACGGAAGAAACAAAGCAAGUUGAUUUUGAAGAGGGCCAACAUUCUAAACAGAGCAGUCGAGAUUCAGGAAAUUAUUCUAAUGAUGAUGAUAAUUCAGGGAGCAAAGUGUCAAAAGAAAAGGAAUUAGUGUAA